GAGGAGCCCCUGACUCAAACCUCACCCAUUUUUUCCCCAAAUUUCACCACUUUUGUGCCCAAAUUUCACUGUUUUGUGCCCCAACCCCACCAUUUUUAGCCACAAAUUUCUCUUUCUUGCCCAAUUUCACUGGGUUUUGCCCCAAUUUUGCUGGUUUUGUGCCCCAAAUUUCACUGGGUUUUCCCUGAGCUUCAGCAUUUUUUUCCCCAAUUUCAUGGGGUUUUGCCCUAAUUUCACCAGUUUUUGCCCCAAUUUUGCUGGGUUUUACCCCAAUUUCCCUGGGUUUUGCCCCAAUUUCCCCGUUUUUUGCCGCAGCUGCCGCCGAUUGCCGUGGGAAAUCAUCGAGGAACCGAAAAAAGGCGGGAACGGCUCCGAGCCCCCCGAGCUGGAGCUGUGCACGGCCCUGGCCUCGCUGCGCGCCCACGAGCGCUCGCUGCUGCUGGGGGAGGCGCGGGCGGUGCCGGCGGGCGCGGCCAUCGCGCUGCUGCGGCGCUGGGACCAGAGCCAGCGCUUCCUGCUGCUGCUCAACCCCCACGGCGACGCCCUCCGCCCCUUCUCGGGCAGCGCAGACCCCCGGGACCCCCCCCUGCCCGCGGCGGCCACGCUGCGCUUCAGCACGGGCCCCGGGCAGCGCGGGGAGCAGCAGCUGCAGCUGCAGCAGCUCAGCCUGGAGCCCCGCCAGGGGCUGCUGCUGGGCUUCCCCUACAGCCCCGAGUGACCCCGAGCCCCCCAGCCCCUCCCCCACCCGCCCUGCCCCCCUCCUUUCGGGGGGGGUCCCUCGCUCGUCUCCCCUCACUCGUUUUUUGGGUUCUCGUCCUGCUGCCCCCCCACCCCAAAGGGUUUUGGGGUUUUCUUUCUGUCCCCAGCUCGGUUUUGGGGUUUUUCUGUUUUCUGGGGGUGUUGGGGUCCCCCCCAAGCUCUGAAUAAACGAUUGCAUUUGUG